AUGCUCGAGCCACGGUCUUCAUACCAAGACGGCAGUCUCUGGUUUUAUGCCCCGAACAAAGGCGCCGCGAUCGCUUUUGCGAUCCUGUUCGCGGCCUCGGGGAGUAUGCAUUUCUACCAAUGCUGCAAGUAUAAGUCCUGGAAAGUGACCGGGUUACUGCCAUGGUCGGCCCUCCUCUUUACCGUGGGCUUUAUCAUGCGCGCCAUCGGCGCAUUCGGACAAUGGGGCAAUGUGGGUGUUUUUAUCUCGAGCACCGUUCUCCUGCUGGCUGGGCCUCCCGUGUAUGAAGGCGCCAACUACUUUAUCCUAGGCCGCAUGCUCUACUACAUCCCCUACCAUUCGCCCAUCCACCCAGGCCGCGUAUUCACGACCUUUGUCGCAUUGGGCAUCGCCAUCGAGGCCAUCACGGCCAACGGAGCAGCACGAGUUGCAAGCUCAGACGCCUCGACCAGCGACCAAAACACCGGGAAAGCGCUUCUCAAGGCAGCCCUGAUCAUGCAGAUCGCGCUGAUGGUAGGAUUCACUGGGCUGGCAGGCAAAUUCCAUUGGAAUUGCUCGCGCGAUGGCGUGCUGAACCACAAAAUUAAGCGCACACUGUGGGUUCUGUACUCUAGCUGCACGCUGAUCACGAUCCGCACGAUCUACCGCACCGUCGAGUACUUCACGGCUGCGAAUCUCAGUGCCAGCGCCGACGCUGAGCAUGUCAGCCCGAUCAUCAAGAACGAGUGGUUCUUCUGGGUUUUUGAGGUGAUGUUCAUGUUCACCAAUACCGUUUUGCUCAAUGUCUUGCAUCCCAUGCAGUCGCUGCCGCACUCCAACAAGAUUUAUCUCGCCAAAGACGGCGUGACAGAAAUCGAGGGCCCGGGGUAUGAAGAUCCUCGUCCCUGGGUUCUGACUUUGGUCGAUCCGUUUGAUAUCAUUGGCUUGAUCACGAACCGGGGUAAGAAGGUGAAGUAUUGGGAGGUGAAUGAGGCGAUUCCUGGGUCUCGUCCGGCGCAGGUCUGA